CCGGUUUUAAAUUGAAUUUAAAGUGGCAUUAUGUGACGAUAAUAUCAAUAAUACGAAGUCACUCGGGUUUUCUCCCUGUGCGUGAAGUUCCUCGAAUACCUGCCAGGUUACUGCGAGACUCUUUCAAAUGCAUCAAAACAGCCCGCAAUGCACUUUUUCCCCCGAUUUUUGGCAAUUUUAACCUCUCAUUUUUCACGUGUGUAUCUUCAAAACAUCAUUUUAUGCGUGUGUAUGUGUGCUCGUCAUGUGUGAGCUCUCUCAGUGAAGGUGACGUAUCAGAUUACCCAAAGGAUGUGCAUUUUGACCUUCCUCGACCGAAUGAUCAACCUGUGUGACUGAAAACCUGAUUAUUAGUCUUCGAAUUACAUGCAAGAAAAUGUUUGAUAAAUGAACACCAGUCUGUGUAACUAUAGCUUAGUGGCAGUCACAACAUUUGCCAGACGACAGCCUACGCUGAGUUGUGGUCUCCCUCUAAAAACGAGGCUAACCCCGACUUGGAGUGCCAAGCAUAGCUGGGAUAACUCGUAGGGAACCGCACACCAUUGUUGUGGAGGUGGACCCGCAUCAAAGUCUAACGCCAAUGGCUGGAUUGCACGUGACGUCACGCUUGUUCAUCCAGGUGCUUGACCGCCAUUGUUGUGGACGAGCAGUCAGCUGUCUGUCGUCGUCAUGCCAGAUUUUUGUCGCGUCUACGGAUGUGGAAAUCGCAGAAACGGAGACAUUGGGAAGCGAUUUUUUUUUUCCGCGUUCCAAAGAUUGAUGGCAGUCGCCGCAAAGCAUGACGGAAAAUCUGAGGAAAAUCUCCUGACACACGCCAGCGAUUCCCUCCUGAAGCUGGGCCUACACCCGCCGCGCCAACUUUCUUUCUGCCCAUCGGAGAAGGCGGGCGUGCGGGCUACCCCGUCCAUCAUGAACGUCACCUCGCUCUUCUCCUUCACGAGCCCGGCCGUCAAACGCCUGCUGGGCUGGAAGCAGGGCGAUGAGGAGGAGAAGUGGGCCGAGAAGGCGGUGGACGCCCUGGUGAAGAAGCUGAAAAAGAAGAAAGGUGCCAUGGAGGAGCUGGAGCGGGCGCUCAGCUGUCCCGGUCAGCCCAGCAGCUGCGUCACCAUCCCCCGCUCUCUAGACGGACGGCUGCAGGUGUCCCACAGGAAAGGGCUACCUCACGUCAUCUAUUGUCGCGUGUGGCGCUGGCCCGACCUACAGUCCCACCACGAGCUCAAGGCACUGGAGUGCUGCGAAUAUCCCUUCGGCUCCAAGCAGAAGGAUGUGUGCAUCAACCCUUACCACUACAAACGUGUGGACAGCCCAGUGCUACCCCCCGUGUUGGUACCACGCAACAGUGAGUUCAACGCCAAGCACACGAUGCUGCCUCGCUUCCGCAACCCGCUGCAACAGAACGAGCCGCACAUGCCGCAGAACGCCACCUUCCCCGAGUCCUUCACUCAGGCCAACCCCAUCCCCUUCCCUCAUUCCCCCGGGAACAGCUUCCCGAGCUCGCCUGGGGGAGGGAGCAACACCACCUUCCCGCAUUCGCCAUCCAGCUCUGACCCUGGCAGCCCAUUCCAGAUGCCAGAGACGCCCCCUCCUGCCUACAUGCCCCCGGAAGAGCAGAUAACUCAAGACUGCCCCCUGCCGAUGGAAACGAACCUCAUGGCUCCGCCUAUACCUAUUGAGAGUAACAACCGGGCUGCAGACGUGCAGCCUGUAGCCUACGAGGAGCCCAAGCACUGGUGCUCCAUUGUUUACUACGAGCUCAACAACCGCGUGGGCGAGGCCUUCCAAGCGUCAUCCACCAGCGUGCUCGUUGACGGCUUCACGGAUCCCUCCAACAACCGAAACCGCUUUUGUCUGGGCCUGCUCUCCAAUGUCAAUCGCAACUCCACCAUUGAGAACACCCGGCGGCACAUUGGCAAAGGAGUCCACUUGUACUACGUCGGCGGCGAGGUGUACGCCGAGUGCCUCAGCGACAGCAGCAUCUUCGUCCAGAGUCGCAACUGCAACUACCACCACGGCUUUCAUCCCACCACCGUGUGCAAGAUUCCCAGCGGCUGUAGCCUGAAGAUCUUCAACAACCAGGAGUUCGCCGAGCUUCUCGCCCAGUCCGUCAACCACGGCUUCGAGGCCGUCUACGAGCUCACUAAGAUGUGCACCAUCCGCAUGAGCUUUGUCAAGGGAUGGGGAGCAGAGUACCACCGUCAGGAUGUGACCAGCACCCCCUGCUGGAUCGAAAUUCACCUCCACGGCCCCCUGCAGUGGUUGGACAAGGUUCUAACGCAGAUGGGUUCCCCCCACAACCCCAUAUCGUCUGUGUCCUAGACUUCCCUCAGGUCCAGCCCAGCAUUUUUUUUCUUCUUCCCAAAUAGCAAAGAGAGUCGAUCCCAGAACAGUUGAUACCUUAUUGCCGCAAUUGGAUUAACAGUCUGAUUGAAGCACAAUCAACUGAUCUGGAAUCAGUCAAGGUAGGACAGAUUGUUUCCGUGGGUUUUCUACUUGAAGGACGUCUGAAGCGGGCACAUUCACAGAUCGGGAGAGGAGCGAGCAAGAGCGCAUGAUGCAACUGGAAGAAACUUGAUCUUAGUGACCAACGCUAAUAAUCCAAUCAUCACACUCUUGGUGAACAUAGACUUCCUCCCAAAUCUUGUCUCCUUUUUUUUUUUUUUUUUUUUUUUUUUUUUUUUUUUUUCCUGUAGUUCUGUUGUUGCUCGCCUGGAUGCAUCCAAAUACUGCACCCCAUGAAACAUCCACGUUUCAAAACUGCUUAACGGCCUGGUCCAGCUUGGUUUUGCCAUUGUAUAAAUUGUGACAGCGUGGCAAGACACCUUGCUACGAAGAAAAAACACAAAAUGCAGGAUUCCCUCGACUGCUGUCAAUUGUUUGGCCUUUGUUGUUCUUGAGUUUAAUCAUCUAUGUCACAGCUAACAAUUUCAAGGAGACAUGAUCCAUUUUUGUCAUAAUAUGAAGCACUUUGCAAAUGUCUUUGAUUCAAGGAACAACAAUACAUUGAUUAAUCAAUCAAUAACUAAUUAUCAAAUUGAUCUUUUAGAGCAGUGGUGUCAAACUCAUUUUUGCCGUGGGCCACAUUGUAGUUACAGUUUCCCUCUGAGGGCUGUUAUAAAAAUAUUUAAUAGUAUUGUCAUAUUACACACGAAAUCUAUGAGCUAGUGUUGGAUUCAGAAAAUGAAGGCAAUGCGUUUUUCAACUAUUCACAUUUGGUAAAUCAAAAUUGUAACAUAUCAACGUUAUCAUUUAUGACAAUGACAAUUUGAAAUUUUACUUGCAGAUUUUCACGAGACUCAUGGCAGUUGACGCGCAUGAUUUGCCUCUGCAGGCCACAUAAAAUAACGUGGCGGCCUGGAUCUUGUCCCCGGCCCUUGAGUUUGACACCUGUGUUUUAGAGACAAGUUUGACAAAAUUGUCCAAGUUCUUGGAAAUUCAGCUUCUCAAAAGAAAUUCUCAUAUUUCUUCAAGUAGUGCUGUAUAAACGCAGGCAGCUUCUUUUUCUCAUCAAAGUAAGAUAUUUGCAAUCAAAUGCUUUUACGUUGAAAAACAAUGAUCACCAUUUUGCCCAUUUUCUGGCAUUUUAACGGACCAAACCAGUAACCGAAUCAGAAUUACAGCAACACUAAUAUGCACUUGCGAUAGUCCACGUUAAAUGACGUUUGAAGGGGGGGUUAGUUUGGCUUCAGACAAAAUGAGUCACUUCAUUCACCCCGCUCUUGGGCGUUGCGACUAGACGAGGGUCUUCUUCCUGUUCACAAACGGGCCAGACUCUGAAGAGCAAGGCGAGCAGGAAAAGAGGAGAAAAAGCCAGACAUUUUUUUUUUUCUGGGUGGUGGCAGCGCGUCAUCACUGAGCUGGUAACUAACACCGGUCAACCGGUGUAGCCAGUGGAUCUGUGCAUGCGGCACAUGCAGCAAACACCGUGUGCCAACUUACGCUGAUAGUGCUGUUAGCUAAUGCUAGUGCGUGCUAGCACUGCAGCUAUGCUUAGCUUUUGGCUUUUGUCGUGUUUCUGUGUAAUCCAUAUUUGAAAUAUCCCAUCUUCGCCCGGCUGUUUUGUCAAGUAAUGGGUGGAGAAACUUUGUGUGGGGGAUUUAUGUAAAUUAACUGUACGUAUUACGGCAUCACUAAGGGAAGAAAUUUGGAAAGUCUUGCUCACAGGCAGAUUUUGGGAAAUGCGCACCUCAGAUUUACUUGGUUCUUUAAUUUCACGUUAGAUGGGUCGGCAGGCACUAUUAAAAUGUUAAUAUUUCCACGUCACCUUUCACUGGGUUAAUAUUACACUUCACUCAUAUAAGUGUUGGUAGCGGUCUGAAGUGAUGUAAAAAAAAAAUAUGGACAGCGACAAUUGCUUUCGACACGGAAGACCAGAUCGCAGUUUACUGUUCCAAACCAAACCGUCUUCCUCGCUAGAACUGUCUCUGUAUGCAUCGCAUGCUUUGUUACUAUAAUUUUUUUUUUUUUUUUUUUUUUUGCCACAUUCCAGGUCACUGGAAUUGCAGUAGCCCAUCACGCUGCAAAGACAUCAGUGUAGAAUUUUACUUCUUACAUGUAAGAAAGACUCUAAGGAGGAUCUGUGUGAAAUUUUAAGCCUCUCCUUGGGAGACUAUUUGAGAAAUUUAGGAGUGGGAUAGGGGCAGGGGGGCAUGCUAUGGGGGGAGGGGGUUAUUGCACGAAAAGGGCAUUUUAGAUAAAUAUUUCUCAUCAUGUGUUACGCACAUGUUUCCACUCAUGAACUUUGGUUCAAAUAGUGUUCAUAGAUAUAUUCGUCUUUUUGACUAUGGUGCUGUUUUAUCCGGUUUUGCAGCGCGUAGUUUGGUUUGCGUAGCGCUACACGUCGUUAUGACUCGGGCCGGUAUGUAUUUAGCAAAAGUAAAGCUACACCAUGGACUGAUGUUUUAAAUAACUGUUACAUGAAAAUGUUUGGUUUUUAAUUCAUUUCACAUAAGUGCCCAACCAUAUCAUUUUAAAAAAAUAAAAAUAAAAGUCUGUUCUUA